AUGGUGGCUUUCCUUACACUAUUUCUACCUAGGACAAGAGCAGUGAAAGAAGAGAACACCCUUCCUUCCAUUGGGGCAGUCCCUGGUGUUGGGGCUCCUGCCGGAUGGCAGUUUGGGGUGCUUUUGGUGUCAACUCUGUGGUUUUACAUAGGACUGCAGGUGCUGGAUACACUGAAAAUUUGUCACUUAUUUCCGAAUGGAGACGUUGAAGAAACAGUCUACAUCAGAGGAGACGUCACUGGCUGUAAGAGUUUUUCUAUUCUCUUUGCCUUUUCUGUCUGUUCUGAGGAGACGGCAACAACAAAUCUGGAAAGUCCAGAGGAAUAUGACGACUUAUUUGAGUCCAGAGAAGAUCUCCAAAAUCCGAGGAACAUUAAUUCUAAUGAGUAUCGAUACUUGAGAGCAAAAGGCUUAAGUGACAUGACUCCUGCAAUCUUUCCAAUACUUGAGAGGGAAUUCCUUGAGGAGAGAGGCCUGAAGCCUGGAGCAAACCUCCCACUGAGAUUUGGAAGAGCAUCUGAUGACAAAGCGGGUAAGAGCGUCCCAAACCUACCUCUUAGGUUUGGGCGGUACAUACCUGGAAAGGCCAGCAUGCAGUCAACAACCAAUUUGCCUCAGAGGUUUGGAAGAUCACAAUACGGUGGCCAUUUUCUUCAGUCAUUUGCUACAUUACCUCUUCGAUUUGGAAGAAUGACUAAUUUUCAAAGAUUACAGUAUGAUAAGAACACCCAUCUUCCAGAAGUAAAAAACCUUGAUGAAAACAAUGAAAGAAGCCAGACAAUGAUGUAUGACUAUGAGAGGAACCUUCAUAUGUAGCAUCGGGAUCUGUGGUUCAUUCAGAUAAACCCAAGCCAGCAGGGGACUAUAUUUUCCGAUGGUUCGAACCUCACCCUUUAUCCACAGUU